AUGGAUCAGGGCAUUGGCUUUGGACAUGAUCAAAAUGCUACCAGAUUAUUGAGGAGGAAAAUGCAAGGUAGAUUGUUUAAUCGAUCGAUCAUCGAGGAGGUUAUUGAAUCUGAAAAUUACGAAAACGAUUCGUUGGGUGGCCAGAGUCCGAAAGAGUGCGGUAGAUUUUAUUCUCCUGGUAUCAAGGACGCCAUAAGGAUGCUGAUACGUCUGAUGGAUCUAGAUGACCACUGUUGCGAAAUGAAGGAGAAUCCUCAACGUUUCGCGCGGAAACUUCGGAAUAUCACCCGACAGUUUCAAUGCCCCAAGCGAACCAAAUUCUGCCCUUUCCGCUUUCUUGUUAAGGGUAACGGAUGCAUACCCAUGGGAAAAAAUUGCUCCGCGGCACACGGAAAUCACUUUGACGAACCCUGGUCUCCUUGCCGAAAAAUGCCCAAAAAAGGAUUUAAGUACUGCAAACUUUUCAGUGCUGAGAUUCCUAAGGAGAUGCCGUGUUCUCAUCGUCCUGUAAUGAAGUGGAUGGCAAUGAACAACACUCGCGUUUCCCCCACAGGAAAGAAGUGUCGUAACGGCACAAGAUUCUACCUUNGAUGCCGUGUUCUCAUCGUCCUGUAAUGAAGUGGAUGGCAAUGAACAACACUCGCGUUUCCCCCACAGGA